AUGCCUUUAUACCAGGCAGUGGAUGGAAAGGCCAAGGCCAGCACAAGAUUGUUCUACACGGACGCGGAGGAGAUGGUGAAGGACAUCCGCAACCGGGCGACCUUCAUGCUGGGGGCGGGGGUGUUUGGGCUCUGCGGGAACCCCGAGAACCUGAUGGCCGCGUUGCUGAGGACCGCAGUGGAGAGGGACCUGAUGGUGAGCAGCAACGUGGGCGUGGACGACUUCGGCCAGGGCCUCUUCCUAGCCACCAAGCAGGUCCGCAGCGUGGUCUGCUCCCAUCUGGGCGAAAACACACUCUGCGAGCAGCGGUAGCUGGAGGGCGAGCUGGACCUGGGGCUGACGCCACAGGGCACCCUGGCCGAGCGCCUCACGCCCACGGACUACCGCAAGCUAGUGCAGGAAGGUGGCAGCCUGGCCAUCCCCAGCCAGCUGCGAGAGGUGAGAGAGUUCCGGGGCCAGCACUACCUCCUGGAGCACGUCAGGGAGGACUUCGCCUUGGUGAAGGGGUACAGUGCCGGCAACGUGAUCUUCAAGGGAAGCGCCAGGACCUUCAACGUGCCCAAGUGCAAGGGCGAUGUCACGGUUGUGGAAGUGGAAGAAAUCGUGGACGUGGGGACUUUUCUCCCAUUCACGUUCCCACCAUAUAUGUGAUCGCGUGAUAAAGGGGCCGAAAUAAGAGGGAUAAAGAGAGAGAGAGAGAUUUUAGUCCUGUGGAGCAAAGAAGAUGGGAAAGCCCCGCUGAGAGAAGACUUAAGGAUGCUCAUGAUCAAAUGCUCGGCUCUUGAAUCUGAGGACUGCUUAUAUGCCAAUCUGAGCAUCUGAAUCACUCUCUUGGCCAGCAACUUCGUCAGCCCUGACAUGACAGUUUAUCUGCACAGUGACAAAGGAAUCCUGGGCUUGGGCCCAUUCUUAUCGAAAGAUGAUGUGGAUCCAGAUGUCAUCAACGCAGGCAAGCAGACUGUCACUUUGUUCCGCAAUGACUCCUCUGCCAUGAUUCGCAGGGGACACAUCAAACUGAUCAUACUGGGCACCAUGCAGGUUUCUAAAUACGUCGACCUGGCCAACUGGAUGAUACCGGGAAAGAAGGUGAAAGGAGUGGGCAGGGCCAUGGAUUUGGUAUCUGGUGACAAGACCAAAGUAUUGGUCACCAUGGAGCACUGCACCAGCAAAGACCCUCAAAUAGUGAGAAAGUGCACAUUGCCGCUAUCGAGGAAGCGUUCCGUGGACCGCAUCAUCACUGAGAGGGCUGUGUUUGACUGCUUGGAAACAGGAGGCUGACGCUGGUGGAGCUCUGGGAAUGGCUCCACAGUGGACAAGGUCAAGAUCAGCACAGGCUGCACCUUCGCUGUGUCUUUGAACCUCAAGCCCAUGGAGCAGGUGGCUAUGUGA